UUCAUUCAGAGUUAGUUGUGCCUGAGCUUCUGCCAGAGACAGUCAGGUCUUCGUCAGUCAGUCGUCAAUUGGCGCUCCUGGGAUUCGAUUCAGCUGGUUUCCGCUUCCGGUUCCGUGAUCCGAGUUCCAAGUCUUUGGCUUUGGUAACCUGUGGUUGUGCACCUUUUUCUAAGCCCGACUUUUUUGUACAGCUCGUAUUUUUCUAAAAAAAAAAAACAAACAAACAUUUUAUGCCUAAGCAAAAACGGUUUCCAGUGCAAAUUGGCCCAGAAAACAACAAGUAUAUAAACUAGUUUACCCACCGCGAGUGUGUGUGUGUGUGUGUGAGUGUUGGUCGGAGGGACGUGAGUGUGUGUGUGUGUGCGAUUGAUUAAACAAAAUAAAGGUAACCUAGGCCAACUGGAAGUAGGGAAGGCCCGCCAAAACCCUUAAGCCUAAACCAAAACCAAAUCCUUAAGCAAAACCUCAAGCAAAUCCUCGAGAAAAUGGGCUGCAAUACCAGCCAGGAGCUGAAGACGAAGGAUGGCGCCGCCAUCGAUGCGGUCAGCAAUGGGGAGCCAGACCCGAGUGCUCCUCCCCUUGAGGGGGAGUCCUCCUGCAAGUCCUCGAACAAUCAUACAAAUCACGCCAAAUCAAAUUCAAUUAUCUCCAAUGGCGAUGCAAAGACGGCGAAUGGAGGAGGAGGUAAUGGAGGUGGCAGCGAAGCAACAAAUGGCAUUGACCGACCCUGCGACAAGGCGGCAAUCACGGAGCUCAACGACGAGGAGGACGAAGCAAAAGCCGCCACAAAAAUCCAAGCCGUCUUUCGAGGCCACAAAGUGAGAGAAACCAUGAAAAAGUCGGAAACCAAAACUGCGACCAACAAUGGCAGCGCCGCCGGUGCAGCUCCAUCGGCAUCUGCCGCCGCCGAGGCAGCCGCCGCAGAGCCAACCAAAGCCGAACUCGAGGCUGAAUUCGAUCCUAACGACAAGGAGCUGUGCCAUGCCGCAUUGAAGAUUCAGUCGACAUUCCGUGGCCACUUGGCACGCAAACUGGUGAACAAGGAUGCGCCCGAGGACGAGGACAUCCAGGAGAUCACCAAGAAAGUGGCCGAGGAGCUGGACAUUGAUUUAACCGAUCCCGAGCUUAACAAGGCGGCCACCAAGAUCCAGGCCUCCUUCCGCGGCCACAAGACACGCCGGGAAGCCCAGCCGGAAUAAGGAGUGGACCCAGCCGGUUGAAUUUUGUUGGUCACAAGGCAGUCACAGAGAUGAAGCUUAAUUAAAUGAAAGUAAAAAUAAAAUUAAAAAAGAAAAUUUGGUAAAUUGUAAAUGUGUAAAAGGCCGAUCGCGAUGAGGGCACACAGUUGUAAACUUUUAAGUGAAUGUGUUUUAACCUAAAUGGCAAAACCGAAAACGAAAUGAUUCUCAUAAUAAUUAUAUUAAAUGUAAUUUAACGAAAGUCGAGGGCAAAGUUAAGUAUGAUUUGCAAAGCUUUAAUAAAUUUAACAUUCGAAAAAGUAAUGAUUCGAGAUACGGAAUUAUUCUUUCGGCUUGUCUCCUUUUAUUAUUAAACUUUAGCAAAGUAAAUUUCCGUUAAUUAAAACCCAAUUCAACUUAACUUUUGCUUUUCAGACUUUACCUAUUAAUCCCAAGGCAGUAACUAAAACUAAACUAUAGUUACAUUUUCAAUGACAAACUUAAUGUUACAAAAAGAUAAAUAAAAGGCACGAUGUUCCAUAAAAUUUAUUGUAGGAAAAACAAAAACCAAACAAAGACAAAAGAUGCAAGGAAAAUGCUGAACAAUUUUUGGGAGAUCAUUUUUCCACUUUGUCUGGCCAAAGCCAAAAGUAAACAAGUAAAAAUGAGUAAAAUAAAUAAAAAAGAAAAUGUUAAUUGUACCUACAUGCGUAUGAACAUGAAGUAAAAACCAAAGAAACUCAAUGUUGUUUCAGAUUAAGGCAAAUUAGGGGUACCCAAGCAACGUGAAGCAGCUUCGAGAACGUCAACUCAACAAUUUUUCAGCCCUCGGGGCUCAGUAUCUUUAUAAAACUGAUGAAUAAAUGAACUUGAUGAAAACUAAUCUGGUGGCACAAUUUUUGUUUUUCUACCAAGUGUAUUACAUAUUUGUCUACUUAACAAUUGAAACACACACAUUAUAUAUAUACAUCUAUAUAUAUAUAUAUAUACAAUACCUAUACAAAAGGCAAAAUGACAAAGAUUAGAGCGAGUUGAAUUGGAAAAUAUUUUUCAUCGGCCACGGCCGAGAAAACUGUUACCACUAAACAAAUAUUUAAAAUUCAAAUCAAUUAACUACAAAAAUGAAUAACAAGCUAAACGAAGAUAAUUGAAAUUAUAUUAGAGAUCAAAGUCAAAUUCAAAUAAAUUGCAUAUAAUUAUUACAUUUAAAGAGCUAACCGGGUAAAACCAAUUAUGUGUGGGUGAGCGAGCGGAAAAUGUGAAAAACCAAACAUGAAAGCAAGCCAUAUACAAGCCGAACAAGAACAAACCAAAACAGAGAAUGUCCCAACUAAAUUUUAAUUGAGUAAUAAAAAUAAAUACAAUAAAAAUGCAAA